CGAGCAGCACACGCAGGCAGGCAGGCAGGCAGUGGACGUGAUGAUGCUGCGUCGGUAGCUGGAUGCACAUCUCUGCUCACUCCAGCAUCAUCCACUCACACUAUCGUGCUAUGGCAGAGCUCCAGUAGCCUUUCCACGGCGCUGCGUCCUGCUUGUUACUACCGGAGCCGAUGAAUUCAAAAGCGUCGUUCGAGAGCCAGCCUGCGUUCGUCGCCCUACAAAGCUGUGGAGCAGCGAUACCGAGCGGCUAAAGUCUCCUCUGUGUGUGUGUGUGUGUGUGUGUGUGCAGACACACACUCACUCACUCACACACAACACACGCUCACAAAAGAGGAAAACUAUGCCAGCAGCAUCAAAGUCACUGCCCCUGCUGACUUGCCAGCUUGUUGGUCAGACGAUUGUGUCCCCCACUAGCGUCUCUGUCCACACUGGCUGAUCCAUGCUGCUGGAUGCUCCUCACAGAGCCACACCCGCACCAUGAGCGCCAACGGGCCCACCCCGGACCCAGCCCCGGAAGCCCCUCCGACUUCGACCUCUACCCCUGCACCUGCUCCGGCUCCGGCUCCGGCUCCAGCUCCGGCACCUGCAGCGCAAGCUGCUCCACCUGCCCAGCCUGCCCCACCUGCCCCGACGUCCUCAACCAUCCCGGUGGGUGCAUUGGCACAGAAGAAGCGGCAGCAGUAUGCCAAAAGCAAGAAGCAGGGCAGUAACGCCAACAGCAGGCCGCCAAGGGCUCUGUUCUGCCUAAACCUCAACAACCCCAUACGUAGAGCCUGCAUCAGCCUGGUGGAGUGGAAGCCAUUUGAUAUAUUUAUACUCAUUGCUAUCUUUGCCAACUGUAUGGCCUUAGCUGUCUACGUCCCUUUCCCCGAAGACGAUUCCAACUCCACAAACCACGACCUGGAGACAGUCGAGUAUGCCUUCCUCAUCAUUUUCACAAUUGAGACUUUUCUGAAGAUUAUCGCUUACGGUUUGGUGAUGCAUCAGAAUGCCUACGUGAGAAACGGUUGGAACAUGCUGGAUUUCGUCAUCGUCGUCAUCGGACUCUUCAGUGUUGUCUUAGAGAUUCUGACCAAAGAUGAGAAGGCAGAGGCUGAAGGAGAGGAAGACCACUCAACCAUGCAUGGACAUGGUGGUAAACCCGGCGGAUUUGACGUUAAAGCCCUCCGAGCCUUCCGUGUGCUGCGACCCUUGCGGUUGGUCUCAGGAGUACCCAGUUUACAAGUGGUGUUGAACUCCAUCAUUAAAGCCAUGGUCCCUCUCCUUCAUAUUGCUCUCCUGGUCUUGUUUGUCAUCAUCAUCUAUGCUAUUAUUGGCCUGGAGCUUUUCAUCGGUAAAAUGCACGCCACCUGUUACCUUCCUGGCUCAGGCAUGUUAGCAGAGGAGGAUCCCGCUCCAUGUGCGAUCUCAGGGCACGGGCGGCAAUGCCCCAUCAAUGGCACUGAGUGCAGGGAAGGCUGGCAAGGCCCCAACGGUGGUAUCACCAACUUCGACAACUUCCUGUUCGCCAUGCUGACGGUGUUCCAGUGCAUAACCAUGGAGGGCUGGACGGAUGUGCUGUAUUGGAUGAACGAUGCUAUGGGCUUUGAGCUUCCAUGGGUGUACUUUGUCAGUCUUGUGAUCUUCGGCUCCUUUUUCGUUCUUAACCUGGUUUUGGGUGUGUUGAGCGGAGAGUUCUCCAAGGAGAGAGAGAAAGCCAAAGCUCGUGGAGACUUUCAGAAGCUGCGUGAGAAGCAGCAGCUGGAGGAGGACCUGAAAGGUUACCUGGACUGGAUCACUCAGGCUGAAGACAUCGACCCUGACAACGAGGACGAGGCGGAAGAGGAGUGUAAACGCAACCGGCUGACUCUGGCUGACCUUACUGAGAAGAAGAAAGGAAGGUUUGGGUGGUUCAGCCAGUCAUCCGACACUCAUGCGAGCGUUCCAGCCAGCGAAACGGAAUCUGUCAACACUGAGAACCAAAACGUGGAGGAUGAAAAGACGCCAUGCUGCGGACCACUGUGUCAAAAAAUUUCAAAGUCAAAGUUCAGUCGGCGCUGGCGUCGCUGGAACAGGUUCUGCCGCAGAAAGUGCCGGUUGGCUGUCAAAUCGGUGCCUUUCUACUGGCUGGUCAUCAUCUUGGUUUUUCUCAACACUCUUACCAUAUCGUCAGAACACUACAACCAACCCAUGUGGCUGACGCAAGUGCAGGAUGUGGCCAACAAGGUGCUCUUAGCUCUGUUCACUUGCGAGAUGUUGGUGAAGAUGUACAGUCUGGGCCUGCAGGCCUACUUUGUGUCGCUCUUCAACCGCUUCGACUGCUUUGUGGUGUGCGGAGGAAUCACAGAGACCAUCCUGGUGGAGCUGGAGAUCAUGUCGCCCCUCGGGAUCUCCGUGUUCCGCUGUGUGCGCUUGCUGAGGAUUUUCAAAGUCACACGUCACUGGCAGUCACUCAGCAACUUGGUGGCUUCUCUCCUUAACUCCAUGAAGUCCAUCGCUUCCCUGCUGCUGCUGCUCUUCCUCUUCAUCAUCAUCUUCUCCCUGCUGGGCAUGCAGGUGUUUGGUGGCAAGUUCAACUUUGACGAGACCCAAACCAAGAGGAGCACCUUUGACAACUUCCCUCAAGCUCUACUUACAGUCUUUCAGAUCUUGACCGGAGAAGACUGGAACGCUGUGAUGUACGACGGGAUCAUGGCGUACGGAGGUCCUUCCUCUUCGGGAAUGAUCGUGUGCUUUUACUUCAUCAUCCUCUUCAUCUGCGGAAACUAUAUCCUCCUGAAUGUCUUCUUGGCUAUCGCUGUGGACAACUUGGCAGAUGCAGAGUCUCUCAACACGGAUGAAGCAGAUAAAAAAGGGGACAAGAAGGAUGAGAAAGAUGAGAAGGACGAAGAGGAGGACAACGACGACACUGCAGCAGAAGAGGAAGACCCAGAAGUCCCAACAGGACCUCGGCCGGCCAUCUCCGAUUUGGUAAAGAAGGAGAAGAUCACGCCGAUCCCAGAGGGAAGUGCCUUCUUCAUCUUCAGCAACACUAACCCGGUUCGCGUGUUUUGCCACAAGCUCAUCAAUCACCACAUCUUCACCAACCUCAUCCUUGUCUUCAUCAUGCUCAGCUCUGUCUCGCUUGCUGCCGAGGAUCCCAUCAGAAACUUCUCCGCUCGCAAUAUCAUACUUGGUUACUUUGACUAUGCUUUCACGGCUAUCUUUACUGUUGAGAUCGUUUUGAAGGUCCUAGGCUAUGCAGAUUAUGUCUUCACUAGUAUGUUUACAUUUGAGAUCAUAUUGAAGAUGACGACAUACGGAGCUUUUCUCCAUAAAGGAGCUUUCUGCAGGAAUUACUUCAACCUUCUGGACUUGUUAGUGGUGGGAGUGUCUUUAGUCUCCUUUGGCAUACAGUCGUCUGCCAUCUCAGUGGUGAAGAUUCUCAGGGUCCUUCGUGUCCUGAGACCCUUGAGAGCCAUUAACCGAGCCAAAGGCCUAAAGCACGUGGUGCAGUGUGUGUUUGUGGCCAUCAGAACCAUUGGGAACAUCAUGAUUGUGACCACUCUGCUGCAGUUCAUGUUUGCCUGCAUUGGGGUGCAGCUCUUCAAGGGAAAGUUCUACCGCUGCACAGAUGAAGCCAAGUCGAGCCCAGAGGAGUGCAAAGGCACCUACAUCCUGUAUAAGGACGGUGAUGUGAACCAGCCCACCAUCCACAAACGAGUGUGGCACAACAGCGACUUCAACUUUGACAACGUGCUCAUGGCCAUGAUGGCUCUCUUCACUGUGUCCACAUUUGAAGGCUGGCCUGCGUUACUUUACAAGGCCAUCGACUCCAACAGGGAGAACCUGGGGCCCAUUUACAACUACCGUGUGGAGAUCUCUAUCUUCUUCAUAAUCUACAUCAUCAUCAUUGCCUUCUUCAUGAUGAACAUAUUCGUGGGUUUUGUGAUCGUCACAUUUCAGGAGCAAGGAGAGAAAGAGUACAAGAACUGCGAACUUGACAAAAACCAGCGUCAGUGUGUGGAGUACGCCCUGAAGGCCCGUCCUCUGAGGAGGUACAUCCCCAAGAACCCGUACCAGUACAAGUUCUGGUAUGUGGUCAACUCUACCGGCUUUGAGUACAUCAUGUUUGUGCUCAUCAUGCUCAACACACUCUGCCUGGCGGUCCAGCACUACGGCCAGUCGGCACUCUUUAACUACGUCAUGGACAUCCUCAACAUGGUCUUCACGGCUGUUUUCACUGUGGAAAUGGUUCUCAAGCUCAUUGCUUUUAAACCCAGGCACUAUUUCGCUGAUGCUUGGAACACGUUUGAUGCCUUAAUUGUCGUCGGUAGCGUUGUUGAUAUCGCUAUCACUGAAGUGAAUCCAACAGAGACUCCUCAGGUGGAUGAACAGGGGAACACGGAGGACAGCGCCCGCAUCUCCAUCACCUUCUUCCGUCUCUUCCGGGUCAUGCGACUCGUCAAGCUGCUCAGCCGAGGGGAGGGCAUCAGGACUCUUCUUUGGACCUUCAUCAAAUCCUUCCAGGCCCUGCCGUACGUCGCUCUCCUGAUAGCCAUGCUGUUCUUCAUCUAUGCUGUCAUCGGGAUGCAGGUCUUUGGGAAGAUUGCAAUGGUGGAUGGCACACACAUCAACCGAAACAACAACUUCCAGACCUUCCCUCAGGCCGUGCUCCUCCUCUUCAGGUGUGCCACCGGGGAGGCGUGGCAAGAGAUCAUGUUGGCCUGCAUGCCGGGGAAGCUGUGUGACCCCGAGUCAGACUACAACCCCGGCGAGGAGAUGACAUGUGGCAGCGGAUUUGCAAUAAUUUACUUCAUUACUUUCUACAUGCUGUGCGCCUUCUUGAUUAUCAACUUGUUUGUGGCCGUCAUAAUGGACAACUUUGACUAUCUGACAAGAGAUUGGUCCAUUCUGGGCCCACACCAUUUGGAUGAAUUCAAGAGAAUUUGGUCAGAGUAUGAUCCAGAGGCCAAGGGAAGAAUUAAGCAUCUUGAUGUGGUAACACUUCUUAGAAGAAUACAGCCUCCUCUUGGCUUUGGCAAACUGUGUCCUCACCGAGUGGCUUGCAAGAGGCUGGUGGCUAUGAAUAUGCCUCUGAACAGCGAUGGCACUGUCAUGUUCAACGCUACUCUCUUUGCACUGGUGCGAACAGCCCUGAAGAUAAAAACUGAAGGUAAUCUGGAACAAGCUAACGAGGAGCUUCGGGCUGUCAUCAAGAAAAUCUGGAAGAGAACUAGUAUGAAGCUACUGGAUCAAGUAGUGCCCCCUGCUGGUGAUGAUGAGGUAACCGUGGGGAAGUUCUAUGCCACCUUCCUGAUACAGGACUACUUUAGGAAAUUCAAGAAACGUAAAGAGGAAGGCCUGGUGGGUGCGCACCCCUCCCAGAACAGCACGGCCAUCGCACUGCAGGCUGGCCUCCGCACGCUCCAUGAUAUUGGGCCCGAAAUACGCCGAGCGAUAUCAUGUGACCUGCAGGAUGACGAACUAAUAGACUUUAUACCAGAGGAAGACGAGGAAAUUUAUAGGCGUAAUGGCGGACUCUUUGGCAACCACCUCAUGAACGGAGGUCAUCGGCGGUCGAACGGCCACCAGACCAACGCCACGCAGCGUCCCCUGCAAGUGCAGCCGCCGCCUCACUACGCUCACAUGGAGCAACCGGUGGGGCGGCUGUCUCGAGCCAACGCCAUGUCCCACGGCAACCACCGUCACCACCACCACCACCAUCACCACCACCACCGCCACCACAACAACUCUUACGGCAAGUCUCCCAAAUCCACCAACAUCAACCUCAACAACGCCAACAAGUCCAGUCUGCCCAACGGUGGGCACCAUCGCUACUAUGAACACGCCCCUCCCAACGGGUACCCGGGACAUUGUGGCUCCUACUAUGACUAUGAAAAGCCUCACACUCCACAAGCUCAAAGAAGGCGCUACUAUGAGACCUAUGUUAGGUCCAAUGGCGGGGACAGACGGCACCCCACCAUCCGCAGAGAGGAGGAGUUGGAUGAAGACCGCCUUUCUGGCGUGUAUUACAGCGGGGAGGAGUUUUAUGAAGACGACAGCAUGCUGUCAGGGGACAGGUACCAGAACAGCGACACAGAGUAUGAGACUCCCAAAGGCUACCAUCACCCUGACGGCUACUAUGACGACGAUGAGCAGCCUCUCUACCACGACUCCAGGAGGUCACCUAAAAGACGCUUGCUGCCUGCCACACCUCAAGGUUUGCCGGGUCACAGGAGGCCGUCUUUCAACUUUGAGUGUCUGCGCAGACAGGGCAGCCAAGAUGAGCUUCCACAUCAGCGCACUGCACUACCACUGCACCUUAUGCAGCAGCAGGUCAUGGCCGUAGCAGGACUGGACUCCAGCAGAGCCCACCGCCUUUCCCCGACACGCUCCACCCGCUCCUGGGCCACACCCCCUGCCACCCCGGCCAGUAAAGACCAAUCGCCGUACUACACCCCACUCAUCCGCGUGGACCGCCCGCACAGGGAGAGCAUCGCCAGCAGCCACGUGUCGGUGCGCAAGAGCUCCUGGUACACGGACGACCCCGACUUCUCGCAGAGGACGUACUCGCCCAUUCACCUACAUGUGCCGCCUGAGUACCACAACCAGUACCACCAUAAGAGAGGCAGCGCCACCAGCCUGGUAGAAGCGGUUUUAAUAUCAGAAGGACUCGGGAGGUACGCCAAGGAUCCCAAGUUCGUUGCCGCCACCAAGCACGAGAUAGCGGACGCCUGCGAGAUGACCAUAGACGAGAUGGAGAGCGCCGCCAGCCACCUGCUUAACGGCGGCAUGGCGCCGGUUAUCAACGGCGUCAAUGUGUUCCCUCUCCUGACUGCGGGGGGCUACGAGCCGCAGGACCCGGCGGCCAGCUACAGCGACGAGGAGCCGGAGACGGAACCUAGGGCUCCCUAUGAGGAGGACCUGGCAGACGAGAUGAUUUGCAUCACGACUUUAUAGCAGGAGACGCUAGAAUCAGUGAAACUAAGACACGUCGUAUUCUUAGGCUUUGACCCAAAGAAGUGCCUUCAACACUGAGGAGGGAAGGCGGGGAGGAAAAAAACACGCCAGGAAAGUUCUCUUCCUGCCAGCGAAGGACGUCACUGCACCAGGGAGGCCGACCUGACCUUCCUGUCAAAGGGCUUGGCCUGGGGGUCCGGGCAGCGAGCAGCGAGGGCUGCUCUGAUCAGGUGAUGACAAUCAAAUGAACGAUGUCAUUACCUCAGUCACUUUAUUAGGGUUUGGCAUAUCAUGCAAGUUUUCAAUGCAAACAUACAAAGGUGUACCCCCCCGCCCCCUUACACACACACACACACACACACACACACACACACACACACACACACACACACACACACACACACACACACACACACACAGUCUUUCUCUUCCUUUAGUCUCAUUGGAUCCCCUUGUCAUGUGAUUCCUGCUUCCAACAUGGUACAUGUUACUUCUGAGGCGUUUGUGAUGAAAGCUCGAGCAGGCAAGUUGUUUGAGGAAUAUUUCAUAGCUGUAAAUUGUACAAUAUGCUGACAAGAGAUAUUCUAUAUUUUCUAAUGAUCUAUCCUUUAAAAAGAUCAGCAAUAUGCACCAUACUGAUGUGCUACAAUGCCCAUUUCGUUUUAGUUUCUGUCGUAAUCAAGAUGUCUUUGAGGUUUGGCAUGUGUGACAAGUGCACACGCGAAUGAAUAGGACUUCUACGCACAAGUGUCGUUGUACUGUGGAACCUCCAAAGGGUUUUGUCACAAUUACAAGUUGUCCAGAACUCAUUCCAGGGUCAAACCAUUUAGUUUUUCUAACUUCAGUAAUUAACUGUACCAGCGUAUAAGAAAAGGAAAAGAAAGUAAAACCACUCACACAAUGAUGACGCCUGAACAGUGUUAGGAAAAACAACGUUACAUAAUAGCUCAUUACAUUUACUAGUUACGAGUAAUCUAAUUAUUUACUUUUACGUACAUUACAACGCUUUUACCGAUACGUUUGAUGUAAGUUCUAUGUCAACAAGACAGCAUCAGAAGCCCAGCGAGUUCAAUGCAGGAAGUCAAUUUUUAUUAAUGAAAGCAACAACCAGCACCACAUUAAAAUAAACUUGAUAUUAAAUAGUAAGAGGCAACAUCACACAGCAAACAACACACAACAUGUAAGCACACACUCACAGGCACACACUCCUACUACUACCACUACGAGGAAAUAAAACAAAUAAAUCAGUGAUUGAAGUGACAAGCUUGCAAUCAUACCGUUUGUGGACAAGGAGACUACAGCCAUCAAUCUCUAGCGCUAACACAAUCUAGUGAAAAUGUUCAACAGAGCCGUCACUGCCCGCAAACUGCCGCUGCUAAGCUAACAAACAUAACUGAGCUAAAAUUCUGCUCUGUCUGAGCGCGCUCUCGCUGAUGUCACAUGUCAGUUUGCACUCUGCUUUCAUGAAACAUCUCUCAAAUGCAUAUGCUAGAUGUUUGAAGUAUUUUCCAAGUAACGCAUGAAUUAUUUUCCCAAGUCAAUACUUACAUUAAUGCAAGAGUAUGUUAGUAAUUCAAUUACUUUUUUAAGUAAGUAACGAGUAACUAUAAUUACUUUUUAAAAAUAAUUAUCUGAAAACUGCUACUGACAGACAGGACAUGCAGUGAUAUUGCCACUUUGUGGUGUUUUGUAGGGUUAGGGGUGAGUUUUGCCGCUUGGUUCAAACAAGUUUUGUUUGACUUCUGAGGUCAAUCAUCAUAGAAGAUUUUGCUUGAAUUCCGAAUAUUUGUCUCACUGUCAAUAAACAGUGAGUCAUACCAAAGACUAUAAAAAUGGGACCAAUUACCCGCCUGCUUGGCACUCAGCAUCGAGGGUUGGAAUUGGGGUUUAGAAAAUAAUUUUAAAAGUAUAAUAAAACUAAACCAAGCAAAAUUUAAGAAUUUUACUCAGAGGUGUGUUUUUGGUGUGAUACUAGUGGUGUCUUGUAGGUACUGCUGGAGUAAAGAAGUAUGUGUCCAAAAAAAACUUGCUAAGCUGAAGUCUGACAAUUCUCUUAAAGAACUUUGCUUGGUUCAAUCAAGUUUUGGUCAUUUCAAGAUUUAAUCUAACUUUCACCAUUUUUAAAACCUUUAUGAAUCUCACAGGUAUUGUUUUACGUAACAUUUUUAACAAUCAGCAUAAAAAAAGUUAACCAGCUUGUGUAAAACAAUGUAAAAAUACGCUGAACAGAUGUUACGGAGACAGAACAGGAAAGUGUUUGCUGUGUGAUACUGCCAUCUGGUGGUGUUUUAUAGGUACUGCUGAAGUUACGACGUACAAGUCAAAAAACAGACGACACACUGAGCUAGAGUCUGACAAAUCUCGCUCUUUUUAGACACUGCUUGGUUCUACCAAGUUUUGUUUGACUUUGAAAGAAAAAUGACCGUUGGAUUUCAAGUUGUUCAACUUUACUUUGAAGGUUCCACUGUAAGUAAAGACACACGCAAUGAAAACAUUAGUUUUAUUCAUUUACAGAAUAAAAUGCUGCUUUUUUCUGCGUUUUUUUAAAACUAAGUUUAGUUGCUGAGAUUUGCUGCAGUAAGAACAAAAUGAAAAUAGUAGAGAGUAUAAAAGAUUAUUUAGAGCUGGUCCUUAAAGACUUUGUAUGAAGGAACUUGUUCUGUCAAAUGUUGGAGAGACGCUAAGCAAUACAAAAAGAUGGACCCCCAUUCCCAGACUCCCUCCCCCCUGAUCCCCCCUUUCAGUCUGGGCCCACCUGGCACAGAUUUUACCUCGUUUGGCGGAGGUGACAACAUAUCACUGUGUAAUGUCACAGUUUUCCACAGGGGGAGUCAUAGAAGAAAAAACAGGGUUGAACAGAUGGACGAUGUUCUAGAAUACUCGGAGAUGCUAACUUAUUAAGGACGCUAACUUGUUAUGAUCAAUGAUGCUAACGACAGUAGGUUUUGUCGUCACUAAUGUUUAUUUCAUCCGUCCUUCACCGUUGAUGUGCUGUACGCUCAUUUAAGGUUGCAUUCACACUCGGCAUGUUUGCUUUGGUUAAAAGGAACUGCAGUCCGUUUGCUCUGCUGCUGUUCACCAAACACUCUGGUUUGGUUUGGUUCACUUCAGCUCAAAUGUGAAAACUGUACACGGACCGUAGACUGAGGUCAAUGUUAAAAUGACCCCAAAAAAAGUCCAAAUUAUACAAGAAUAAAGCAAAAUAUUACAAAACUAAAAUCACAUUUUAAUAUUACAAGAAAAAACGUUUCGAUUUUUUUCUGAUAAAUUGUUUUUCCAGUUUUACAAGACAAGUUUUAAAAGGAAAAGAUGAGUCAUAAUUUUACAAGAAAAAGUCCAUUUUACAAGAAAAAAGUCAUAAUAUUACAAGAAAAAGUCAUAAUUCAAAUAUACGUUUCAAGACUAAAUGUGUUUCAUUACAUCUGAAUAGAAAAAAAAUGACAUUGAAUUUUUUAACAACAAAAAGUAAAAAUUGUACCACAAAAAGUGAUAACAUUACUUAAGUCAUAAUUUUACAAGGAUAAGGGAAAAAUAGUAUGAUGCUAAUGAUGUAAUAUUAAAGGAAUAAUUACAUAAAUUUGCUAGAUAUUUUUUUAUGUUUAAAAAUAUUGCAAGACAACAAUUUUAAAGGUGUUAUCUCACAACAAAUUAUUGUAAUAAAAAAUUGUGAUAAUGAAACAAAAAAGUAGAAUUUUUACCAAAAAUUCGUAAUUUUAAAAGAAUAAAGGCACUAAUAUGAGAAUAAUGACAUAAUAUCACAAGACAACGCUGUGAAUUCCUAAGAAAAAAAAUUAAAUUUUCAAAGAACGGGUCAAAAAAUGUCAUUACAAUUUUAUUUUUUUUAAAAUGCUAUUUUUAUAUUAAAAUUUAAAAAAUACUAUUUUAUUUACAAAGAAAUGUAAUAUAAAAACUAAACAAAAAUCGAAUUUUACAAGAAUACAUAAAUUAUUAUGAGAGUAAAAAUUUAAGCAGCAAACUGGGCAGCCUCGGAUCAGAUAGGGAAAUGUGCAGAUUUGAUAUGAGCAGUUUUUACUUUAAAAAAUGUUAAAUACAAUAAUAUAAAACACAUUCAUAAAGUUAAUUGACAAAUAUCAAUAUUUAUAAUUUUUUGUAUUUGUUAUUAUAUUUUCCAACAUAAGUGAGGCUCUGCAUGUCAACCUAAAACAAACUUAUUUUUGUUUGUUUACCGAAGCACAAGUGUGAACGCAGCCUGACUGUCUAGAUGAUGUAGAUUUUGUUUCCAUUUUGUGUGCACAUUGAAAGGGCUCUUUGAAUUGUUGUCAGUUUAAAAAACAAAACAAGAAAAAUUGUGUUUUCCGCAAAAAGGACAGCACAUGAAGCGGCACAUCGUACAUUCGUAGCAACUGAUGAAGUGAAGAUAUGCAUUUUUUGUAAAAGUUACACUAAAGAUGAAAAUAACUUUUACCUCAUGUCAGGAAUUCCUGAAGAAGAAGAAGAAAAAAAAAAGAGUACACGGUGACUACCAAUAUUUCAAUAUUAGCACAUUGCUGUUUGUCUUUGCACAAGUAAUAACUGUAUAGUGCUUUUCUUCCUCCUUUUCUAAACUCAUUUGUGUUUUAAGGUGACCACUUUUUUGUACUCUUUUUGUGACGUAAUAUUACAUGACAUGCUUUAGUGGACACUCACAAGUCAUCCUGCGGAAAAAAUUGGAGAGCCUCGUGCUCUGCUGGGGGGCAAAAGAAAAUAACUAGUUUACAGCCAAACCUGACAUUUAUGUCACCUGCUCCCAAACACUGAAGUGAUCCACAACACAUAAACGCCAUUAAACCAUAGCAACGGUAAAAUGAGGCGAUCACAUGAACGCUGCAGGAUUUUAAAAAAUGCGGCAACUGCCAGAAAAUAUGCACAAAACCUAGAAAACUACUGCAUAAGAGAAAUGCUGCAAGUUGACGGAACAAAAGUCAGCCAGGCUAACACAAAGUUACUCGUAUACCAGGAAGUUAGUCUGGCUAUUAGAAAGUUAAGCAAGCUGCCAAACUAUCAGGCAAUUAGUCUUACAACCAGUAAUUUAACCAUGUUAACAGGAACCUGCUUGGCACUCAGCAUCAAGGGUUGGAAUUGGGGGUUAAAUCACCAAAAUGAUUCCCGGGCGUGGCCACCGCUGCUGCUCACUGCUCCCCUCACCUCCCAGGGGGUGAACAAGGGGAUGGGUCAAAUGCAGAGGACAAAUUUCACCACACCUAGUGUGUGUGUGACGAUCAUUGGUACUUUACCUAACUUAACUUAAAUUUACUAGGUUACCGAAAUUAACCAAUUUACCAGGAAAGUAAUCUGGUGACCAGGGGCCGUACUUAUCAAGCUUCUCAGAAUUACUCCUAAGAAGUCUGCUAAGAGUUGACUUAACAGUAAAUAAAUUCUUCGCUGAAAGCUGCACUUAAAAGUUAGUUAUCAAGCGUCUUACUCACACUUUCAGCGAAGUGUAGGACUGAAUCUUAAGUGUCACACUCAGAGCUGAAUUACGACAUUACUAUGUGCCGUAAAUGGAAUUUUAGGUGACGUCAUUUCUGUGUCCAUAGUAAUGACCAAUCACGGAAGGGAAUCCGUUGUCUAAGAAUAAAGAAAUAUCUUGGAAAUAUUUAAGUGGACAAUGGGAGAGUAUAUUUUGACAAUAAACAACAAAAUAAUACAAAACAAACUAGUCCCCGCUGGCACUCCCGCUACCGCUCCCUCUCUUCUGUCGCCCACACACUCACUGACGUCACUCACCUCACGGCCACACACAUACGCUACUGUCAUAACAUUUUCUUUCCAAUUCAUUAAUUAGGCAACUAAUUUGAAACUGGUGUGGGUGGCUCUAUAUAUACUAGCCCACUGCAGCCACAUGCAGAAAUCAACAUGGAAUCGAAAAGUAUUAAAUCUGUGACAAAAAUAAUACCCGCUCUGUCUAAACGAUACCGUUUGAUCAGCUGCUCGUCAUCAAACAAAUCCAGAACAUCGUUCCGCUCCCUGAAUGUUCGCGCACGUCUCUCUCGCCUCAGUGCCAUCCCCUGCUGGCAACUCCUAACCACUUAAGACACCUCUGAAGGUCUCUUAAAUAUCGUGGAGAGUAGGAGUGAUUCUUAGACUUAAGAACGUUGAUAAAAAGCUUUUAUUCUUAAGUUUGAGAGUAGGACUAAAUUUCGCAAAUUCUCAGGACUUAAGUGUAAAAUGGCACUCUAAGAAGCUUGAUAAGUACGGCCCCAGGAAGUUAGUCAGUCUGCCAGGAAAUUAACCAAGCUAUCAGGAAUCCAACCAAACUACUGGUUAAACAGGAAGUUGGUCAGGUAAUCAGAAACUUGGUCUGGUUGCUAGUUAUUGUUUAUUGGUAGUCUUUGGUUUUCAUCUGCAAACUUCAGCAUUUUUGUCACAAACUUGUUUUAUUUAUUCGUUUGUGUUUCUGGCAUUUGCAGACAUUUUUCUUUUGCAUCUUUUAAAAAUCCUGCAGCGUUUAUGUGAUUUUAGCACUUUUCAUUUGCGUUCGUUUCGUGGUGUUUGUGGAUCAUUUCUGUUUGGACGUUGCGUCAUGUUUGUCUCUAUCGACCAGCGUGGUUUUCUUCUUCAUAUGGUAAAAAAAUAGGAUGAUUUUUCUUAAUGUUCUGUAUUAAAUAUAAGAUGUAAAAUAUGUAUAAAGUAUGGAGAAGACAGUCAUGUUCUCUACUUGAAAGUCUUGAUAUUUGCUCCUAAAUGUUUAUGGUUUUGUUUCCAUCAAUCUUAGUAGCAAAUGCUUUAAUAAAACCUUCAUGGUUUUGUAACAAAACAUGUUAUUGGUUUCAUUUGGGCCUCGUCUUUAUUUGAAUUUUUUAUUUUUUUCAUAGAAGACCUUUAUGGAAAUUUAAAAACAAGGACUUAGAUUUCCCUCGGCCGGACGUGGGUCAUCGGGGCCCCCGUCUGGAGCCAGGGCGAUGGUCGGGCCUGUCCCCAUGGGGCCCGGCUGGGCAGAGCCCGAAAAUGCAAAGUGGGUCCCCCCCUCCAAUGGGCUCACCACUCAU